AUGGCCUUCUUGGAGGACCCGCGGCUGCGCCAGCGAUGGAACCAAAUCUCCCACAACGCCGGCGAGGUGACGGAGAACGCCGCCGCCGGCAUCUGGAGCUUCCAGCACCACUACAUAGAACGCCGCCGCCGGCAUCUGGAGCUUCCAGCACCACUACAUCAACCCCAAUGCGCCAACCCGUGCCUCGGCGACCGCGAGGAGCGGGCGAGGAGGCGACGGGAACGAGAUCGCGCGGGUGGGAGGGCCGAAUACAGCUUCGACUUUUACGACGACUGGUACGCCGAGGACCAGGACGGCGGGUUCCUGGGCGGCUGGGGCAACGACGACUGGGACCGCCUGCUCGCGGGCACGGGGUCGCAGCAGAAGAACAACACGGGGGGCGGCGAUGUGCAGCAGGAUCAACCGAAACGAAAACGCGGCAUGAGCUACGGCACGCGGGGCAGAGGGAGCAAGGCGCUCGAGUCCGAUCCGACGGUGAUCCCCAGCACGCAGCCCAUUGGGUUCCUGGGCAAGCUGCCGUGGAAGCUGGGCAAGACGCUCCGCUACAAGCCGAGCGCGGCGGACCUGCAGGAUCACCCGCGGCAGCACGGCGAGAUGGGCAUGGGCGAGACGGAGCCGCUGCUUGCGCACGAUUCCGACGACGACGAUGAUAACGACGGCCACGACGUCUUCCAGAGCCGGACCGCCAAGACUAGAAAUCGCAGCGGGACGACGGGGUCCGGGGUGUCGUCGGAUUCGUACCGGUCACGAGGCGACUUGUUCCCCAGCGACGGCGAGGGCGAGGAGGACGCCGUGCCGUUUGACGACGAGUUCAUGGUCCUGGACAAGGUCCGGGACGACCGCAGCAGCAGCAGGACUAAGGCGAGCAAGGGCAAGCGGCGGGCCGACGGACGGCCCAUAUCGCGGACGGUGUCGAGGGCGACGAUCGAUUCUAGCCACUCCGUGCUCAGUCCCAGCGUGCGGCGGAGCUCGACGAGCGGGCCCACGACGCCGGAUACGCCCGUCGCGCCGUCCAUGGAGGCCUCGAUGGAGGAGCUGCAGAGGGAAGAGGAGCGCAUCAGGAGGGAGGAGGACGACGAGGUCGAACGCAAGCGGCAGGCGGCGCUGCAGCUUGCGUCGGAACGGGGACUGCACGAUGCCGGGGAGGAGCCAGCGUCCGAGGAGCGGGCAGCGUCCGAAGUGGACUACGCCAAAAGUGACGAGGUGGACUACGUGUCAGACGCUCCGAGUCAAAGAUCGCCGCCGAGGUCUACGCACGGCGACGACGCGCCCGUCAUUCGGUCCACCACGCAAGAGCAGUACAUACGGACAGAAGAAUUCGUCCCGGCGCGUCUACCGAGCUUUCGAUAG